UUAAAAUGGUCAGGGACUAUCUAUGUAUAUACUAUCUAUGCUAGUGACUAGACAGAUAACCCAAAUUGUGCAAAUUUAUCUUUGACUUUAAAAUUUACACUCUAAAGCCGUUAAUCGUGAUCAUUUCCCUCUGGUCACUGUAAAUAAUUGUACAAUUUUAGUUCUUUCUAAGAUUAUUUGAGUUUUACAAUGGAGUCUAUGCUUAUUUCGACGGAAUCAAUGAUAUACCAUUGUCCAUUUAACCCAGCUCAUUGUAUGCCGAAAAAGACAGUUCAAAAACACGUUGUAAGAUGUCCAGAUAGACCACUUAAUUAUGUGAAUUGUAUGUACAAUAUAUUGCAUGUUAUGCAUAAAGCUGAACAAGAAAAGCAUGAAAGCGAGUGUCCAGAUAGAACAAUGAUUGAUCCAUUUAUUUUUCAAUCGGCAGAUAUUCAGAGGCCAGUUCCGGUUUUAACUAACGUACCUGUAUUGGAAUAUGAAGAAAGUUGGGAAAAUCUGGAAGAAUCCAAUGUUUUAAAAACAAUAAAUUCAACUACAACUUCAAUGAAAGCAAUCCAUGGGUUAACUAAAUCUGAAAGAAAACAACAUCGUGCACAUUUGCAUCAACAUGAACAAUUGAAUAAUAAAUCUGUUCAACCAGAUACAAAUAUUAAAGAAGGAUCUUCUACAGUUAAACCAGGUACAUCUGGCCAAAACCAACAAAAAUACAAUCAAAAACUAAAUUCUAUGACUUCUUCAAUGAAUAUGAUGAAAGUGGAGCCAAUAAAUCAGAAAAAACCAAAUGAAAACAAAAAAAUGUUCAUCGGCCAAGUACCAGAUUAUAAAUGAAAAUGGUUUUCCUUCAUCAAUUAUAUGCUUCAUGUUACAUACAAAAUAAGGAAUUAUAAUGUUACUAAAAUAGUUAAGGCACCAUUUUUGAAAAAAAUUUUUCUAUUUAUAUUUCUACUUAAGCUAUCAAUAAGCUAAAAUGUGAGCAUAUUAAUUAAACAAGCAAGGUAGAUGUAAAUAAUAUUAUUUAAUUGAAAACAAUUGUUUUUCAAUUUAUGAUUGUAAUAAAAUAUGUUAAACUUUAUAAUUAGCCAAUAUGGAAAACAAGUACUAUUUAAACAGUACAUUUUGUUAAUUUUUAUUACCUAUUAACUAACCUUUUUUUUUAAUAAAAGGAAUAUAAAUAUAACGUAUUCAUUUUAAAAUAAUAAUGUGUAAUGAUAAACAGUAAGUGGCUUACCUAAUAUAUAUGACCAAUUGUUUUAAUGAUAGGGGAGGAUAAGGUAAAUUUAAAUAUGGGGUACAUUUGAAUAAUAUUGAUAGAGUUAAUUUCACUGUGCUGAAAAUAUCGAGAGAAAAAAAUUAAACAGUCACACUGUUUGAAGUAUAGUGUUAUCAGCGGAUUUUAUCUGAUUAUGUCAUAAUAAAUAUUUAUUGUUAUGUA